UAUCGAUAUAUUUGAUAAAAAAAUAUAUCGACAUUUUGCAGGCAUCCCUAUCCAGUAUAACCUAACCAUACUUUCUAGACUUGUUUACAUUUUUUGUUUAUCCCGAAUUUUUGCACACCAAAUAAUCAUUCUACCAUAAUUUUCCCUAUCCAAAUUACCGUAAGGAGAUGCAGAAAUACGAAAAAUUAGAAAAAAUAGGGGAAGGUACUUAUGGGACUGUUUUUAAAGCAAAAAAUCGAGAAUCGCACGAAAUAGUCGCCUUGAAGAGAGUCAGAUUAGAUGACGACGAUGAAGGUGUUCCAUCCUCGGCACUACGAGAAAUUUGUCUUUUAAAAGAGCUAAAACAUAAAAAUAUUGUCAGGUUGUACGAUGUUCUUCACAGUGAUAAAAAAUUAACUUUAGUGUUUGAACACUGCGAUCAGGAUUUAAAAAAGUACUUUGAUAGUCUAAAUGGUGAUAUUGACUUAGAUGUAGUAAAAUCUUUUAUGUACCAACUAUUACGAGGUCUGGCAUUUUGUCAUAAUCAUAAUGUGCUUCAUAGAGAUUUAAAACCUCAAAACCUUUUAAUUAACAAGAAUGGAGAGUUAAAGUUGGCCGAUUUUGGACUGGCCAGGGCUUUUGGUAUACCUGUCAAAUGUUAUUCAGCAGAAGUAGUUACUUUGUGGUAUCGUCCCCCGGAUGUUCUAUUUGGGGCAAAAUUAUACACAACGUCAAUUGAUAUGUGGUCUGCGGGGUGCAUUUUUGCAGAGUUAGCAAAUGCUGGUAGACCUUUAUUUCCUGGAUCUGAUGUCGAUGACCAAUUAAGAAGGAUAUUUAAACUUUUAGGUACUCCGACAGAAGAGAUCUGGAAUGGUAUGAGUCAGUUACCUGACUACAAACCUUUUCCAGCAUAUCAGCUCAAUAUGAGUCUGUCUCAAGUGGUUCCUAAGUUAGGAAACAGAGGUAGAGAUUUGCUUCAUAAACUAUUAGUUUGUAAUCCAUUAGGGAGAAUAUCUGCAGAGGAUGCCAUGCUGCAUUCAUACUUUAAUGAUUUAAAUCCCACAGUUAAGAAUGAAAGAUGUUAAAAAUCCUUUAUUUUUAAGGACAAAAGUAAUAUUUUAUAAGCAUAAUAUUUAUUCUAUUAGUGUUUGUGUAUAAGUUCUAAUAGCAUAUUAAACAUAAUACAUAAAAUGAGCCACCUUCAAUAUUUAUAUCAAGAGUAAUACUCCUAAGCUCUUCAGUAUUACCAUUCCCAAAUCAUAAAUUUUAAGCACUAAUAUUUUUAAUGCAUUCAUAAAAUGUUUAUAUCAAUUUUUAUCAUUUUUUGAUAUUCUUUUAUGCAUGAUAACGAUUAUUAGA